UGUCGAAAAACGAAGGGUUUUGCACUCUUUCUUUAUACAAUACAAUUUAGACACCUAUAAUUUAUCAUAAAUUGGAAAAGUGUAACUGCAAACAAUUAGUGAAGUAAUUUAUACCUACUUGAAGUAAUAUAAUUUAACAUGGGUAGUGUGAAAACAUUGAGAAUGUUAAUAACUUAAACAUAAGCCCCGUCAAUAUCGUCUGUCAGCCACAGCCGCCCCGAAUCGAAGUUAAAAAAAAUUAUAAACUUUCUUGCCCAAUAGUAAUUGAGAGACUUUAAAAAUAUAGUAAAAAUUACAUGCCUUUCCAUCAUAAUAUUGUCAUCCCAUUUAAAAGGCUUUAGAAACUAACAUUUCGCGAUUAGGACUUCACUUGAACACUUAUUUCGUGGCAAAGGAAUAGAUUAACGAAAAGUAAAGGGUAAAAUUCCGGUCGUAAACCAGCUCCUUAUUGAAAACUCGGAAAAUUGCGGCUGCCCUUAAAUAACUAAAAAAUCUGAAAACCACAAAUAUUAUAUAUCUAAAUAUUUAUAAGUGCCCAAAAAAGGUUUUGCAUGCGUAGAGAAUUGGUGCACAAAAAGGAGCUAAAGAUCAAGUAAAUGCAAAGCGUUUGCCAAUACAGUCUGGGAUAAGUAACAUAUACAGCAUGAUUAUACAGGAGCCUGUUCAGGCCGCCAUAUGGCACUGCCUAAAUUUUUAUGAUUUCAAAGACGCUAUUUUUCUCUCUGAGCGCCUGUGUUGCGAAGUUGAAACGGAUGAAACCAUUUUCCUACUUGCUACUAGUUAUUACAGAUCAAAUCUAAUACACCAAGCUUAUUGGUUACUCAAAGAUAAAGCGCGUCGUUCACCACAUUGUCGAUUUUUGCAGGCAAAAUGUGCUUACCAUCUAAAGAAGUAUGCGGAAUCUGAAUGUGUUUUGGUAAAUGGUGGCUUUGGCGACAUAAAAAACCUGGAGGACAUUGCGAAAGAUUUUGGGGAAAUAGCAUGUUUCGUUCUGCAGUUAAUUGCCCAAAUUUGUGCGAAAACAGAAAGAAACAAAAUUGCAGCAGAUGCUCUUCGCCGUGCCCUAAAACUAAACCCCUUUAUGUGGCAAACGUUUUCAGAUCUGUGUCAUAUGGGUGAAUAUGUUGAUCCUGCAACCACGUUUCAAAUCACCAACACAGAUGUCUUUAAUACAUGCCAAGGCACUGCAAGCUCUAACUCACUGGUUCUUUAUGGAAACGGUGCGCAAAAUAUAUCACUAAAUGAUAGUCACUAUUUAAGUAGCCUUGGCAACAGUAACCAAAAUUUGGAUAUAUUAAUGAAUAGUAUAAAUAAUAGUUCAAAUAACGUACUAUGCACACCAGUUGAACAACAGUUGCAAUCACAACAACAGCCAAGCAACGUAACCACCCAGAGUUUUAUUACCCCUAUCAAUAAUGGCAACAACUUGAACAAUUCCAUGUCCGUUUUAAGAGGAGUUAUAACAACAGGUAGUAAUUUACAAAACUCUGGAUUGAUGAUGCUGGAAGACACACCAUUAUCUACCAUUAGUAACAGCUUCGAUCAAACUGGUUUGAAUACGGUGCAAAAUGUUGGUAGUGGAGUUUGUUCUCCAUUUCGCAGGCAAAUCAAAUUUCUCUCGGCGAACUCUCUAACACCGAGCUUUGGCGUAUUACCCCUAUACAGCCCUUCUGGUGGGGAUUCCUCCUUUGUUGGUACUGGUCAUACACAAGCUAACAUAAGUGUCUUGAAUACGCCUUCUCCACAAACUUUAAUGGAAGCUAAUCAGGAGCCUCCAAUAAUUAGAAAGAAGAUAAAGAGUCACGUAGGUAAUCUUAUAACUCGUAAAGAAAGUGGUUCCGCUUCAAACAAGCCUGCUGUUUUCACCCAAACGGGCAAUGUUACUCCACGUACUCCCAAUAACCAAGGCGGCGUAUCAUCAGCUUCACUGAUUCCCAACGCUGCUGUAAGACGCAGUUCCCGUUUGUUUAGUAAUAGCGCAUACUCUGUAAAGGAAAACAACAAGUCUCCAAAUAUUACGAGUAAUGAGUUUGCACUGCCUCGUUGUCCAGCUCGAAAAACAAAGACUCGCAUGCCAAAAAUUUGUUUGAAUAAUGAACUGGUCGAGGAUAAAAGUGUUAAUAUAAAUGCAGACAAAAUUAACGAAAAGAAUGCACGUAAAGAGAAAGAAAAGAUUGAAACAAUAACAUCUGAGACCUGUCAAAAUCGUUCCAUUGAAGACACCAAAGUUUUAUUAAAUAAUAGUUUGAAUAACGCACAAACGAUGGCACACCACGUACUAACUCUCAAGAAGCAGUCAGCCGAUGGCUUAAUGGCAUUGCUACGUGAUUUAGGGGAAGGCUAUAAACUGCUAACACUUUACCAAUGUAAAGCAGCCAUCAAACAUUUUGAAAAUAACAUACCAAAGCACCAUCUGUGCUCGAGCUGGGUUCAAUCAGUUAUUGGAUUGGCCCACUAUGAAUUGCGAGAAUAUGAAUCUGCGGUUUCCGUGUUUAAAGAUAUACACGAAGCGGAACAGUAUCGCUUAGAUUACAUGGAGAUAUACUCAUCCUCACUUUGGCAUUUGCAAAAGGAAGUGGACUUAUCAGCUCUAGCGCAGGAUUUGAUAAAUCAGGAUAAGACCUCGCCAGUCACAUGGUGCGUGGCUGGCAAUUGCUUUUCAUUGCACAAGGAGCACGAGACGGCAAUUAAGUUCUUCAAACGCGCCGUUCAGGUGGAUCCUGAUUUUGUUUACAGCUAUACGCUGCUUGGCCAUGAGCUCGUCCUAACUGAAGAGUUGGACAAGGCAGCCGACUAUUUCCACGCCGCAGUAUCCCGAGAUCCACGACACUAUAAUGCGUGGUUUGGUAUGGGCACUAUAUAUUCGAAACAAGAGAAAUACGAAUUGGCGGAAUUGUAUUACAUUAAAGCGUUAAAGAUCAAUCCACAAAACUCAGUAAUAUUGGUUCAUAUUGGCGCAAUGCAAUAUUUUAUGCAGAAAAAGGAGCAGGCGCUGCAGACUCUAAACACGGCAGCAAUGUUGGAUCCGAAAAACCCAUUGGCGCGUUUUCACCGAGGUUCAAUUUACUUCUCACUAGGAAAACAUCAAGAGGCAUUGCGCGAACUGGAAGAGCUGAAGGAGGUGGUGCCAAAAGAGUCUGUAGUAUUUUAUUUAAUUGGAAAGAUCCAUAAGACCUUGGGAAAUGUAGAUUCAGCACUUAUGCACUUUAGUUGGGCAACCGAUCUUGAUCCCAAGGGUGCAAACAACCAACUUAGGGACGCAUUUGACUCGGCAGUGGUGCCCAUGUUUAGUCCUGCUAGAAAUGAUCAAAGCGUGGACGCAGAUCAAGAGCCGACAUCAGAGCGUUCGGAUGACUCGACACAAGCACAGCAGGACAUUAACUAUGAUAGUGACGCUUACUGAAUUGUCGGCCGGAUGUAAGUUUUCCACCCGCACUUGGUAGUGUGAAAAGUGCAAAAAAGCAAAGGUGAAACCAAUUGAUUUGUUAAUGCCUUUGUGUGUGUACUCGUAAUAUUGAGUGCUUCUUUUUUCGGUUUUUGUAGACCGUAAACAAAUAAACGCAAAAAAGACGAGAAAUAAAAGAAAAAAAUAUAAUUAUAAAUUGUCCCCUCCUUGGAAAAAUAAGCAGUAAUAUCAACUUUGCUAAACGAAAGGAAAAGCAGGCAAAAAUACAUGAACGUCCGGCAGGAUAGGCUGGUAUUAUUGUGAAAUUAAUUAUUUAUAUACACAUAAACCGGCAUAUUUUCAAGUUAAGUUUAUUUAAAGUUUGGUUUAUUCUUUCUUUUUACAAAUGGGUGGGAGCUGAUCUCGGCUGCACUAAUUUGCCGCAAAGUUAAUUGAACAUCUAUGUGCAUUUUAUUCAAAAAAAUUAUUUAUGCUUCCUGUUCAAUUGACUCACAAAAAAUUAAAAGAAUGAAACAAAUUGUUAAUUGCAAUAAACUAAGUCCCUAUUUGGAAUUAAUUACAGUUCUUAACUGUUGUGGCAUACUUAGUAUUAUGCAAUAUUAGUUUAUGAAACAUUUCGAAUCUUUUAAGGAAUUUGUAAAUAUUUCUAGUUUACAAUUUAUUAUUUAAGGAAUAUUUGGUUUUUCAUGGCUAAAUAUACUCGUACAUACAAUUGUGAGCCGUUGCUGCUGGUGGGGCUAUUAGCUUAAGAAUAUCAAUGCGAAGAAAUAUUACAUAAAACAACAUUCAAGUUAAUAAGUUUCA